AUGGACCUGAUGUGUAUAUUGUUCUGUGUCCUUCGGAACAUCUUUCAUACCAGCUGUGAAGACACCAUACAGGGACGAAUUGUUGGAGGCUUCGCACCAGUCCCGCACUCCAUCAAGUACAUAGUGUCGAUUCAAACAACGGAUCGGCGACACUUCUGUGGGGGCUCUUUAAUAAAUAAAUACUGGGUAAUCACAGCAGCCCAUUGUGAUAUCGGAAUCAAUAAAAUGCUGAUCGUGGCUGGGGAUUACUCUCUGAUCAUCUAUGAGGGAACAGAGCAGGAAAUUCUACCUGAGCUUUUGGUGCCACAGCCUGAGUAUAACAGUGCCACCGAAGACAAUGAUAUCAUGCUCAUAAAGCUGAGGAGCCCGGUUGUUCUAAACAGCUUUGUUUCCAUCGCCCUGCUGGCCUGGCAGGGAGCCUCCAUUGCAGAGGGAAAGCUGUGCCGAGUGUCUGGGUGGGGGUACGCCAACCCGCGUGGAGGCCUGAUACCAUCCAUUCUGCGCACAGUCAGACUGCCCAUCAUCUCUUCCAAUAAAUGCAACAGUAGUGGUUCUUUCAAUGGAAACAUAACAGAAAACAUGCUUUGUGCGGGGUACAAUGUUGGUGGGAAGGAUGCCUGUCAGGGGGACUCAGGAGGGCCACUGGUAUGUGACGGCCGCAUUCAUGGUUUAGUAUCGUGGGGGAAUGGGUGUGGCGAUGCCCAGUUUCCUGGAGUCUACACUGAUGUUUCCAAGUACCGCAGAUGGAUAGAUGACACUAUUUAUAGCUAUUACAGCAUGUGUAACAAGAACAAAAGAAUGAGUCUAUCAUAA